UUAGUCUAUGGUUUUCCAGUAGCCAUUUGUUAUCUUUUCCUGAAGUGAAGUUCUGAAGAUUAUCAAACAAAAUGCUGCGCUCGGCUUCAGGCAAAUUGGUUACAGUUUUCAAACAAACUCUUAUCCCCUCGGCCCGAGUUGGUGCCGUUAUUCCCAAACGGCUUUCUCAUGGUGGCCCUGUUGAAUCUGAUGAAGAAUUCGAUAGCAGAUAUGAAGCAUUCUUCAACAGGCCCGACAUAGAUGGCUGGGAAAUCCGCAAGGGAAUGAAUGACCUCUGCGGCAUGGACCUGGUACCCGACCCGAAGAUCAUCAAGUCUGCUCUGCAAGCAUGCCGAAGGGUGAAUGACUACGCUCUAGCAGUUAGGUUCAUCGAGGCUUGCAAGAACAAGUGUGGGCCUAAAGUAAACGAAAUCUACCCAUACAUCAUUCAAGAGAUCAAGCCAACACUAACAGACCUUGGUAUUGAGACCCCAGAAGAACUUGGAUAUGAUAAACCAGAAUUAGCUUUAAAGAAUGUCUAUGAGAUGUAAGGUGGUGGCUGUGUAUUGGUAGAAAUUUGUAUGAUAGCUUCAUGUUGAUUUGUAAUUUACUUUUAUUUAAUGAGAAGCAAGCCUUCUUUUAAAUGUACCAUCAAUUGAAUCAAACACUUUCUAAUGUAUAAAGCAUUAGAGAAUUAAACAAUCUUUUAUUUGCUA